GCGGGGGGCGGCGCGGAUUGUGACGCAGACGCGCAGCGUGCCCGGUGCGCAGGCGCCCUCGGCGGCGAAUCGGCGGUUUCCGGUUCAGCAGCCCUCUUUCACUUCAACGAGACGACGGAGCAGCAGACGCAGAGAUGCAGAUCUUUGUGAAGACCUUGACGGGCAAGACCAUCACUCUAGAGGUCGAGCCCAGUGACACCAUUGAGAAUGUCAAAGCUAAAAUCCAAGACAAGGAGGGCAUCCCACCUGACCAGCAGCGUCUGAUUUUCGCGGGCAAACAGCUGGAGGAUGGCCGCACUCUGUCAGACUAUAAUAUCCAGAAAGAGUCCACCCUGCACUUGGUGCUUCGUCUGCGAGGUGGCAUCAUCGAGCCUUCCCUUCGCCAGCUCGCUCAGAAAUACAACUGCGACAAGAUGAUCUGUCGCAAGUGUUAUGCUCGCCUGCACCCCCGUGCUGUCAACUGCCGCAAGAAGAAGUGCGGCCACACCAACAACCUGCGCCCCAAGAAGAAGGUCAAAUAAGGCUCCUCCACCGGCUUCUUUGCCCGCAGGGUGGCCUCCUGCCUAAGCCCCAUGGCCCUGGGGCCUCAAUAAAGUUUCCCUUUUGUUGACUGGA